AUACUCUCUCUAAGUGAUCAAUCAAUCAUCACAGGAUCAAAAUUGCUCCGAAGUGCGUGUUUGUGCCUGUUUGUGUGUGUGCGUGUGUGUUUGUGUGUGUGCGGAUCAUCAUCUACUCAGGGCGUGAUGUGAGCAGUUGCGAGACAUCCAUUGGCUCAGAAAGCGACCAAUCAGUGUCAGCGGAGGAACUUGAGAGAGGAGCUGCAGAGUUUGGAUUUCAGAGUUGGGAGAGCGAUUUUGGCACGAAGAGGACGCCCCAUCUCUCCUUCUUGAGAACUUUCCCUGCGUUUUUCCCCCAGUACAGCCUACAUGUAUGUAUGUUGAAGUCCUCUUCUGAGAAACGGAAAGUCGCAUUAGAGGGCUGCGGGAUGUACACGGCCGGGCUCAACCCGUUUUACGCAUCAAACUUCAGCCUGUGGUCUGCGUACUGCGCGGGGGGCUUCGCUGUGGACUCCAUGAAGAAACCGUCGUUUUGCAUCGCGGACAUUUUGCAGGCUGGAGAUGCAGAGAACAUCCCGGGAUCGUCGGCUCUCUUGGUGCAUAUGGGACACCACCACAACCACCCUCAUCGGCAACAGCAGCAGAGUCACUCUGGCAGCUCUCCGUUGCGCCCUAAUCCCGUCGCUCCCGAUGCGUCAAUAUACGGCGCAAGGGGAAAUCCUGCGUCCCCUUACCACAGACAUGGACUACAACUGACAUCAGUGUCCAGAACUGCUUUUAACUCCGUACAAGGACCUCCGCCUUCCAGCAAAGACCUCAAAUUCGGAAUUGAUCGGAUAUUAUCGACAGAAUUUGAUCCAAAGGGGAGAGAAAAGUCUUCAUUAAGAGAUCUCACCUCCAUCGUUAGCUCCAACCGUCAGUCAGGCCUCCACCUCCCAAUUCAGCCUCCGUCCAGCCAGUACUUUUCCUCCUUGGAGGCCGUUGGGAUGAGCGACGCGUCCUCCAUGCUGAGCUCUCUAGGCAGCAGCUGCAGCGGCAGACAAACAGGCCAGCAUCAGUUUCAGGACUCCUUCCCAGGUCCCUAUGCAGUCCUCACUAAAGACACAAUGCCGCAGACGUACAAGAGGAAGAGGUCGUGGUCCAGGGCUGUGUUUUCAAACCUGCAGAGAAAGGGGCUGGAGAAGAGGUUUGAGAUUCAGAAGUAUGUCACCAAGCCGGACAGGAAGCAGCUGGCUGCCAUGCUCGGGCUGACGGACGCUCAGGUGAAAGUGUGGUUCCAGAACAGGCGCAUGAAGUGGAGACACUCCAAAGAGGCCCAGGCUCAGAAGGACAAAGAGAAGGAGCAGCCCGACAAGAGCGCCUCCGAGCCCGGCAGCAGGGAGCCACAGGAGCCCGCUGAGUCCGACUGUGAGUGUGAGAGCGAGGGCAGGAGCGAGUGCGAGUCCGACGAGGCUCCGGAGGAAAACUCAGACGGACACUUGGACGUUUCAGAGAUCAACAAAACCAGCGUGAUAAUGAGCGGGAGCGCGCCGGGGAGCAGCGCGGAGGGAGCGGCCACAGUCACAGACACACCGGCCUCUCAGAUACUCAUAUGAAGGACGAUUUGGUUCAUGGACUAUGAGGUUUAUUAAUUUGGAAGAGGAGCGGAAGCAGUGUUAUAACGCAUCAUGGGGGGGCAGUGAUGUUUUAAUAAACAGAAAAUAAUUUGCAACAUUAAGUCAGGCCUGGUUUGAGUCAUGGAAUCAAAUGGAGCAAUUUGAUCAUUACGACACAUUUUUAAGGGAAAAUAGAUCCCUGUUAAAUUGUGAUUUUUUUACACUUAUCUCCAUUAUACAGUCUGUUUAAUGAUAACACGGGCGGCUAUUCAAUUAAAACACAUGACAUCAUGUAGUCGUUAUCUCUCAUAAGUGUCAUCUUCCCAUCACGUGCUGUCGCGUGCAACAUUUUUCGACACGUGGAAAGGAAAUGUGCGUUUGUGAAUUUUAUUGUGGAGGUUAUAAACCACUCGUUUUUACGUGUCCGGGAUUUCAUUUUUUUUUGGUCUGGUUAUAUAAUUGUGGUAUUCUGUUAAUAAUUAUUUGCACUGAAAAUAUUGUAAAUAAAAUGUUU